AGAUUUUUAUAAAAACCGAUUAUGACGAAAGUGGCAAUACUUGCCUUUCUUCUUGCUCAGGUCACGUUGAUCGUGAGUGAGAAAGUUGGUGUUUGUCCUUCACUAGCAUCACCUUUCGGUGCGUGUGUUGUGACGUGUGGAGCAGACGACGAUUGCGAGGGGACUAAGAAAUGCUGUAACAAUGGAUGUGGGGCGUGGUGCUCUGAAGCAACGUGUCCAGUGGGUCAAACACGAGUAGAUUGYCCAUCAAGUCUUUGUACRUAUGUUGGAUGUCCUGGGAACGACCGGUCGAGUCUAAGAUGCUCAGUGGACUUCUGCAAUCAAUGCAAAGUAAACUUUUACAACGCAUCAACUGGAGAUGCAGUUGACUGUGGUCCAGUUGAGACACUGUGUCCACGCAUGCGUACUGCCAAGAACAAACACCUACUUGGUCAGUACAUCCCCGAGUGUGACGAACAAGGUGCCUUUAAAACUAUACAGUGCCACGAGGGAUACUGCUUUUGCGUCGACAAGAGAGGUAUACCUGAUAUGACAACAAAGGUUCGAGGUGGCAAACCAAAAUGCGCAGAGAAAACGYUGUGUCAAAAGCAAGUUGAAGAAGCCAACAAACUGCCCCCAAUCGGCCGUUUUGUUCCUCAGUGUAAAGAUGAUGGUAGUUUCAAAGAAAAGCAAUGUCACGCCUCUACUGGACAGUGCUGGUGUGUUGACGCGUAUGGCCGUGAGUGGUUUGGUACCAGAUCUCGUGGCAACCUCGAUUGCAGCAAGUCAGUUUGCCCAAGUGGUGUCACGCAAUUACAGUGUGAUCCAAUGAUAUGUCACACAUCUAGUUGCCCUGGYUUCAAAGAUGUCGUUUGCCGUGUUAAUCCAUGUGGGCAAUGCAAACCUGAGUUCCUGGACAAGUUCAAUAGACCRGUAAAGUGUCUCACUCCUUGCCAAAGUCUACGGAACGAUGCUCUUGGAGUAGGAAAAAAGAGCAACGUUUCCAUGUUAGUUGGCCGGUACGUUCCACAAUGUACAGACGACGGAGAUUUCCAACAAAUCCAGUGUUACGCCUCAACUGGCUACUGCUGGUGUGUGGAUGAUCAAGGAAGUCCCGUUAAAGGAACCAUCGUCAGGGGUAGACCUCAUUGCAACUCCUCAGCCGUUAGCGUUUACGGUAAUGGUUGCCCAAAAGGAAAACCAAUGUUUACUUGUUUACGAGAUAUCUGUAAAUGGGAGAGCUGCCCUGCUUACCCUAACGCCAAAUGCCGUGUAAAUCCGUGUGGUACGUGCAGCGCUGAGUUUGUAGAUGCUAACAAUAAAGUCAUCAAAGAUGGCGAUUGCACCAAAGGAUUGACGYUGUGUCAGAAGAAACGAUCCCUAGCACUUCAAUCUGGACAUGGAGGGCUUCAACCAGUAGGACGCUUUGUACCGGAGUGCGAUACCUCUGGGAUGUUUCAAUCCAUCCAAUGCUGGGGUUCUGUUGGAUACUGUUGGUGCGUUAAUACCGCUACAGGAGCUGAAGUUGCUGGAACUARAGUGAGAGGAAGACCUAACUGUAGCAGCCAACCAGUAAACCCUGUAAAGCACGGCUAUUGCCCAUUCAAACAASCAAGAGAUGCCUCCUUCUGUCAAAAUGCCAAACSUUGUUCAGUCGACAAUGACUGCCAAGAAGCAGACAAAUGCUGCAAUAGUACGUGUGGGUCAAUUUGCCAGAAACCUAUCCUGACAGCUUGUCCCAAUGGCAGACCAUUCUUGCUGUGUUUGCACAUGUGUAAUUUUGCUAAGUGUCCUGCUCAUCCAGACGCACAAUGUUUCUCUGAUCCAUGCCGCAUGUGUCAAGUUGAAUUCCGAGACAAAAAUGGCAACAAAGUAGAUUGCGGCCAAGGACUGACUCCAUGCCAGCUGCGUCGCCAACAAGCUAUGGGUCGGCUUGGAGCAUUCAGGCCUCUAUGUGAUGGUAAAGGCAACUACGAGUUCAUCCAACAACACGAGGGCUACUACUGGUGUGUGGACAGYAAGGGACGGGAGAUCAGUGGCACAAGAAAACGAUUCUCUAAGCCUGCUUGCCCUAAUGCUGGAUUAAGUUCUAUGACAUUGUGCCAGUUGCAAAGCCAGAAAGUUGCAGGUGCUCUACCGCUACUUGGYCAAUACAAACCUCAGUGUGAACAGGACGGGUCAUUCAAGCAAAUCCAGUGCCAUCCAUCUACAGGGUAUUGCUGGUGCGUGAACAAGACCAAUGGAGUGAUUGUACCAAACACUCAGAUACGCGGACAACCCAACUGCAACAAAGUUUGUAGCCCUGUUCUCUGCCGUAUGUAUUGUGAGUUUGGCUUUGCUAAGGACCAAUUUGGAUGUGAGAUUUGCCGCUGUGCUUCAGUCCCAGUCAAGCCUGGAUUCUGYCCUGCUAAGACUUCAAAAGGCGGAAAYUGUAACGAUAAAUGUAAUCAAGAUAACGACUGUCCGGGAAGUAGUAAAUGCUGCUCCAAUGGUUGUGGAAAGGUGUGCACAUCGGCUGUAYUGAGAGCUAAGCCCGGUGUCUGUCCUCACCGUCCAGUCGACCAUGUGGGUGUCUGCAUGAAUAAAUGUGGUGAUGAUGCUGAUUGCCAUGGUGACCAAAAAUGCUGCAGCAACGGGUGUGGUCGCGAAUGCUCUGCUCCUGUGAGACAAGCUUGUCCCUAUGGCCAGCCAUUGGUUAUGUGCCKUGUUAAUCCCUGUGAGAAGAAGGCAUGUCCUUCCAACCCUAAGGCUGUCUGCCGACCAAGAUACUGCGGUGGCUGUAAAGCGGAGUUUUUCGAUGAGAACAACAAAGUUGUCGAUUGUACAAAAGGUCUAACAAAGUGCCAAAGCAAGUAUCUUCAAGCAACCUCAAAAGGUCCACUAAUGGGUGCAUACAUCCCUCAGUGCGACAAGAACGGGGCAUUCAGCGCCAUGCAAUGUAGUGGAUCGACUGGRUACUGCUGGUGUGUGAACACUGAAUCUGGAGAGAAAAUCCCCAACACUGACAGCCCUCCAGGAAAAGAUCGUCCAUCUUGUAACAGCACUACACAUGUUGGCCCAGUGUGCCAAAAGAGCAGCAAACGAUUCUCCUUGUGCAGUGGUUCUCUGUGCAAAUCUGCUAACUGUACUCGUAACCCUAAAGCACGCUGUGUAGUUCCCAUGGGAACGUGUGAUGGUCUCUGCAGGCCGAAGUUUUACGACUACGACGGCUCAGAAGUCCAAUGCCUAACAGAGUGCGAACAAAAAAGACUCGAGGCGACUCAAGGUGGUCUUCUAGGUGCAUACAAACCUACCUGUAAUAACGACGGCACCUAUACGCUCAUCCAGUGUCAUCCUUCUACUGGCUUCUGCUGGUGCUCUUCCCCAGAUGGAAAAGAAUGGCCAGGAACACGAGCACGUGGUCAACCGAAAUGCCUACGAGAAAGAUCAGCUCCGGAUAUCAUUCAUGUUUACAUCAGUCUUACAUUCAAGAACGACUUCGAGACGAUCAACGAUACUAUUGAAAAUUUUACCAGAACGUUAACGACUCAACUGUCAAAGCGACUUGGCCUCAAAAAAGAACAAAUCACUGAGAUGUCUGUCACUAGUGGGAGCGUCAUUGCUAAGUUUUACGUCGUACGUGUUGAUGGUGGAAGAGAUAUUGARAACUUUGCUCAAUACGUUCAAGAUGAGGUCCGCCAAAAUGGAAUUGUAAUAAAAUAUGCUGGUAUGUCAUUUGUGGCCAGUCCACAAUUGGUUCAAGCCUCUGCCAACUAUAAAUCCAUUCAAAGUUCGACCGGGAAAGAAGGUGGACUCGGUACUACAACCAUCGUUUUGAUCUGUGUGUUUGCUGCCCUUGCAAUUGUUAUUGUCGCUGUUAUCGUAGUUGUGGUGAAGAGAARAAGAAGUCGAGAGCGCUCGGGUACUGAUACGACUGGAUUUUUCUWCCGUGAUGGUCGCGCUGAAAGYUACAGUGCAGUAUCAACAUAACGUCCACAUACGCACGAAUCUUUUUGUAUUUGUUAUAGUUUAUAAGGAUUUGACACAAAUGUAACACAAUUUUCGAAAAUAAAUGUAUUUUUUUAUAUA